GAAUUAAAACAUUGGUGUUUAUAUUACAAUCUACUUCGUAAAACAUUAUAUUUGCAUUGGACAGAAAAGCGCUGGACAUUAUGCGAACAACAGGACAGUAUGGCCACCACUGUUGCUGUCAGUCCCAGUGAAUACCUUCAGCCCUCCACCGCUUCCACACAAGACGCCCAGCCCUCUCCGUUAGCCCUCUUAGCUGCCACCUGUAGUAAAAUCGGCCCCCCUGCUGCUCAGGCUCCUGUCACCUCUCCUCCAGCGCAGCCGCAGCCUCGCAGGCUCCUCCCCAUAAAGCCGGCGCCGAUCGCGCCCGCUCCGCCCAAAAACCUGGGUUUCCUGUCAGCCAAAGGCAAUGUGAUCCAGCUGCCCGCCGGCCUGGGCUCCACGGCCCCGGGCAGUCCCAUUGUGCUCACCAUCCAGCAGAGCCCGGCCCGCACCAACGCCUCAGCACCCGCCAACAUCCAGUACCAGAUGGUGCCGCAGAUCCAGGGCGCCCAGACCAUCCAGGUGAUGCCACAGGGGGGUCAGAUCCAGCUCAUACCGGGCACCAACCAGGCCAUCAUCACCACUCCCAUGACCGUACCGGCCCCCGCUGCCGCCGCCACUCCAGUCACGCCGCAGAAAACCGUAGCCAUCAAGCCCUCCCCCAAGCUGCGCAAGCCAAACAACUCCGCUGCAAACAUGGUGCAGCUGCCCAGCGGGCUCACGCUGCCGCUCAACGUGGCGACCGGAGAGGUGGGCGGGGCUCAGUUCGUCACAGAGACGGCAGCUGCUCCUCCCACCCCGGGAAAGGCUCGACGAGGGAGGAAGAAGAAAGUGGUUCUGGCUGCUCAGCCUGCGCCUCCUCCGCCCGCACAGGCGGCCUCCCCGCCCCCCGAGCAGAUGGAGACCAUCCUGAUAGAAGCUGGAGACAACAUCAUUCAGGCAGGAAACAACCUGCUGAUCGUGCAGAGUCCCGGGCAGCCGGCUAUGGUGCAGCAGGUCCAGCUGGUCCAGUCCAAACCGGAGUCUCAGGUGGUUCAGAUCCCCCAGCAGGCCUUGAAGGUGGUGCAGGCCGCCUCCGCCACGUUACCGCCCGUCCCACAGAGACAGUCGGUCCCCUCGAGCCUGCAGGUCUCUCAAGCAGAUCCAUCACCAACACAGAUCAUCUUCAAAACCGCUACGGGUGAGUGGCAGUCCAUUCAGCUCCAGGACUCCAUCUCUCAGACAACGACCCCGACAACUUCGGUCGUCACCACCACCACCUCGCCCCCAGCCGGCGCCAAGAGGACGCCGACGGGGGGGCGGAAGGAACGGACUCUGGCAAAAAUUGCACCGGCGGGUGGGAUGAUACAGCUGAACACGCCGCAGCUUUCGUCAGCGACGCAGGCGGUGCAGACGAUCAGCAUCAACGGGGUCCAAGUUCAGGGAGUUCCUGUCACCAUCACCAACGCAGGGGGCCAGCAGCACCUCACGGUGCAGGCGAUGCAGGGCGCCGGGCUGCAGCUGGCAGCGACGCCGAACCAGCCGGCCAUCCAGGUAGACCAGACUCUGACCCUGGAGCUGCCCGGGCAGCCAGGAGAGAAGAAGCGACGCAUGGCCUGCACCUGCCCCAACUGUAAAGACGCAGACAAGAGGCCCGGCGAGGUGGGGAAGAGGAAGCACAUCUGCCACGUCCCCGGCUGCGAGAAGACGUUCAGGAAAACGUCGCUGCUCAGAGCUCACGUCCGGCUGCACACCGGGGAAAGACCGUUCGUCUGCAACUGGGUUUUCUGCGGGAAACGUUUCACACGCAGCGACGAGCUGCAGCGGCACGCCAGGACGCACACAGGAGACAAACGCUUCGAGUGCAACCAGUGUCAGAAACGCUUCAUGAGGAGUGACCACCUGACGAAGCAUUACAAGACUCACAUAAACACCAAGAACCUGUGAGCUGCCUGUAUACAGAGACAAACUCUUAAACUAAAGACUGUACUAAAGGACGGAGGGGCAGACGAGACGAUACCAAGGGAGUGUCUGUGACUUCCCCCCGAUGUGGGAAAUACUCCAAAAAAAUGUCCCUACAUCCCCUCUCACUCCUCUAGGACACUGUGUAGCGUGGUGUACAAAGAAAUCCUUCCUGGUGGAAUUCAAAUGGAUCCAGCAAAUUUAUCAAUAAUAGUUUAUCUUUGUUUUUCCUCUCUGGUCUGAGCGGAGGCCAGAACCAGCUCCGACUGAACGCGUAAGAUUGCGAGGCUCCAGACGCAGAUGCUUAACUCUGCUUGCUUGUUUAUGAACCUCUCUUUGGCGAAAACAGAAUAAUUCAGAUGCCAACACCGACACCGCAGGACUUCAGUUACAGCUUUGUUUUGUUUUUUCCCCCCCAAAUUCUGCUUGUUAUUUUAUUUGUUUGUUGUGGAACAUGGGGAGCUCCCAGAAAUCAGCUUUCAAGCACCAAAAAAGGAGAAAAUUCACCAUUGUUUUAUAAAUUUAACAAAUUCAUUUUACCUCAGUGGAAUGGUAAUUUUGUUUUAAGCUAUUUGUGUUUCAACAGGAGUUUUUUUUACUUAUUUAAUACCCCCCCAAAAUUUGGGGACCAUUACAAAAAAAAUCCCCUUACAAGACUUUUGAAAGCCUUUUGAAGUUUACAUUGGCAAUUUUUUAAAGUGUGUAUAUGCAUACUAAUAUAGAUAAUAUUAAUAAUGAUAAUAAACUAUUUAUAACAUUUUUCCAUACAAUUGUUAGACAUUGAUUUACCAAUUGACAUAAAAAGAAGAAAUGAAACAGGAAGCUUAAAGUUUUACCGCAGAAAUACAAACAGGAUGUCAAAAUUACAUUUCAUUGCUUUGAGGGUACAGAUAUCAGGCUUAGCUCUUCCAGCAGAGAAAUUUAAGACCUGGCGUCUAAAGUUUUAGAUGCUGCCAAGACUUCAGAGCAAAACCUCAGGCUGAGAAGAAAAGGGUUUAAUAUGCAGUUCAGGGGCCAGAAGUCGCUGUGCCUUAAAAGUUUUCACUCAAAUUUUAAAAUCCAAACAAACAGGCGAAAAAAAGGAGAGCUGCUGAGAUUUGAGUUAUAUAAGGAUUUCUUAGUGAAGAUCCUGCUGGAAAAUGAUACACAUGCAGUUGUUCAAAUGCAACGAUAUGGUGUAGAUAAAGGUCACCAAACACUACAAAAAUUCAAUUUCUUUUGGAAGUAUAGUUUAUUUAAACAGAGAGAAGCAGGACUGACUGUCAAACAUUGAAACAAAUGCCACACUUAAACUAGGUAAAGCUUAGCAAGGUUUCAAAUAUUAUUUUAUUUCUGGUUGAUGGAGCAUUAUUGAGUUUUGAUCAACAUUAAGGAAUUUUAGAGAUUCUGAAAGGCCAUCCUGAGGCUUUUAAAGUCUCCUACAAAAAUUAGGUAUUAUGUCCCAAAGUACAAACAUAUAUUUGGACAAUUACAGAGGACCCAGGAUCGAGCCUUGUGGAGCACCAGAUACACUGUAAAAUCCUACAAGUUGAUCUGAAUUAAAAUGAUCUUGGAAACUGAUUGCCUUGAAAAAGCAAAGUAAAUAUAACUAUUAAUCCUGAUAU